GAUCAAAAUUUGGUAUUCCUAGGCGUGCUAUAAUAAAACCCACAUCAUCUGUAAGUAAUACCUCCAAUACUUUAUUUAUUUCUUAUUAAUAUUAUUUAUAAUAACGCAUAAAUGACGACACUAUAUAACCAAAGUUUAUAUUGUCACAUUAAAAGUUCAUAAAUUGUUAGAGGGAGUUGACCUUUCCUAGAAAGAGUCAUCAGUCUUUAUAUUUAUAAACUGAAAAAUGACUUUCAAUAUUCAGGUAACCAAUUGAUAUUAUGCAAUGAAAAUGGUUGUUAAAAAAUUUUAAAAAAUAUUGAUUCAUUAUAAUUGAAUGAGCCGUUCAUUUUGAAUAUGUGCAUUUUUCUUUAAAUCGAGAUAUUUAAAGGUUUGCGUUUCAUUGAAUUGAAAAAUAUACGUAUAGGAAGUGAAUAAAACCUCCUUAACAUAUCUAAAGCAGAACGUACACUGAAACGAUUCAGUUCGGUCUAGUCUUAUCUCUUAGUACACAUAGAGAGCAGUCUUAUAAAGUGUAUAGUAGUUAAUUAUUAUAAUUCCACAAAAGUAGUUGAAGCUCAUCAGAAUCUCAUAAAAUUGUUAUGAUUGCCUUAGCAUGCGAUGAAAUGGAAUAGCAUACUCUGGAUCCAUAAUAUUAAUCUCAAAAGAGAAACUUCUGUGGAACACCCUCAUAUUUCCUAGAUUUAUUUAAUGAUGAAGUUUUUUUUUUAAUAAUUCGAAUGUCUAGUGUAAGUUUUUUUUUAAUUUUCUGAGCUAUUACCCUAUAAAAGGCAGGACAAAAAUGAUCAAAAAGCGAAUUUUCCUUAGCCGUUACUGUCAAGCAAGUAUCUAUAUGAGGAGCUCAGAGGUGGAGUGGAUCAAGUUCAUCAAACUAAUUAUGGAGAAAAUGUAGGUCAAAGUUUUUGUAGGUUUAUUAAUUAAAACACAACACAAGUCCAAAAUGAAAAAUCAACGAAAUACUUUAUUAUACUUUAUAUUUUACAGAUGUAAACUAAAAUAACUUCAAAUACAACUGGGGUAAUUUCUACAAACGAUUAUUUAUAAUUUUUUGGACUUGAACCAUUUUAUGACUGAAAAUGUUUUGCAUUUUAAACAUAAACAGGUUCAUCGGUAUGUUCUUCUUCGUCAGUCAGGGAUUUAUUGCUUUCGCUUGUCUAGUGUUCCCUUCAACAGGUAAAUUUUUAUAAAAACUUUGGUAUAUGGACGGGAUAAAGCGAAGAAGAUCUUUAAUGUGUUGCUUUUUAGAUUACGUCUGGAUGGAUAGAUGAUUCUAUUGGAUGGCUAAUUAUGUGAUUUUUCUUCCUCGCGCAAUGUCUUCAUUGAGAGUUUUAACUAUGAAAAGUCAUGUCCAGUUAUAGUUUUCUUUCUAUUUUGUAUUGCUGCUUCCAAAUAUUUGGUUGAUUUAAAUUUCAAUAACCCUAAAUCUUGGUUCUUUUUUCUUUGCUUCUCUUGCUAUUUUCAUCCAGUCUUGUGCGGAGAAAAUAUGGGGGCAUUUGUAGCUAAACUUUCCAAUUAAGCUGAAGUCUGCAUCGUUGGGCAAAAACGAUUGACCUGACACCAAAAAUUUAAGGUCUAUAGUGUCCACGGCCAUGUGUGAAUCUUGUACCAACUUAAGCAGGGAAAGAGACAUGUUUAUAUUCCUGUUCUGACCUGUGCAUGAUUCAGAAUACAAUAUAAUGUGUUUAUGAUUUGCUGCAAAUUCUUUAAGUGUUUCACCACACACGUUGCGACAUCCUGAGAUCCACGACCUCCAUCUAUCUCAUCAUACAUGUACAUGAAUCCAGUUCCUAUAUUGAAUGAAUGUAUCCCAAGGUUGUAAAUAUAUAAAUUUUUUUUAUAAUAGGCUACAGACGUGGGAAGUUUAGAAAGAUCAAAAGUUAGUACAUAAUAGUUGAGGUAUGAGGCCUUUUGAUCAGCUUUUGCAAGAUGUAUUUCUUUAUCUAUUUUAAGUUUCUUUUUUGUUUCUUCAUUUUCUUCAACAUUAAUUUUCAUUUUAAGGUUGUCGCAUAGAGAACAAGGAUCUUUAGAUGACGGUUUAGAACUUAAAUUGAACUUUGCGUUAAAAACAAUGUCUACUGAAAAUGGAGUGGUACCGCCAACAGCCGAUAUGAGUGCGUUAAAUAUCGAUCAAGUAAAAGAUUCCCCGGCAUCAUCACCAACCCCAGGCGGAGAUGCAAGUCGACUUACCUUCGAAGACAAUUUCAAACAUUUCGCAAAAUUCGGAGAUCCAAAAUCAGACGGUAAACAGAUCACUCUAUCAAACAGCGACAAAUGGAUGAAGCAAGCCAAAAUUAUAGACGGCAAAAAAAUUACGACCACAGAUACUGGUAUCUAUUUUAAAAAAUUGAAAUCACAGAAAGUUUCUAUCGUCCAGUAUAAGCAAUUUUUGGAGGAUUUAGCGAAAGCUAAAAAAACGGAUGUGGAUGAAAUUAAAACUAAAUUGGCCGAAUGCGGGGCGCCGUUACUUCAUGGCACUUCUGCCAGUAAAGCCACUGCUGCAGUAGAUCGUCUAACAGACACGUCAAAAUACACUGGAACUCACAAACAGAGAUUCGAUGAUUCCGGGAAAGGGAAAGGAAUCGCCGGUAGAAAAGACAUCGUAGAUACCUCUGGAUAUGUUAGCGGAUUUCAACAUAAAUAAAAAGAAAA